UUAAUCAGCUUUGUUGUUGUUUUUGUCAGCGUGUUGUGUAAAUCCUUCAAAACUGCCUGCAAAAUCCGGGGAACGCUCUCCAGGAUUGUACAUAUCUAGUUCUAAGCCUUCUAUUGAGUUAUGCUUAACCUACUCCGUCGUCGCCCGGCGCCAGUGCCGCUCCUGCACUCCGCCUUCCGGGCCUCCCUCCACACAACCGAAAACCGGCCGGGUUACAUAGUGCUGGUUCCAGAGAUUGGAGAGGAGGGUCCUCUGGGCGAGGGUGUACUUAAGCCGGACGGACUGCCGGCUUUUAGUGACAUCACCAUCGAGAUGUGCUUGGGCGCCAUCGGACAGCAGGCAUCGGCGGUGGAGAAGUCGGUGAAGGCGCUCGAGGGUGCUAUUCAUAAGGGCAAGCCUCUGGACGCCGCUGGCAUCUUUAGCGAACUGGAUAUCGUCACUGCUCCGCUAGAGACAACCUGGGGUGUGGCCAAGGCGUUGUACCUUGGAAACUCUACCUUAAUACCCACCAAAUCCUACAUGAACAUCCACGAGCGAGCCCGAAAUGCCCGGGCAUCCAAGUUCUGUAACCCGACAGUAUUUAAGUCACUACAAGAGGGAUUGCCGGAGACUAGUGGAUCGGAUGAACAACGGCUGCGCCAGAAGUUUCUGCUGGAGGGAAAACUGAAUGGCCUUACUUUGGCUAAGGACAGGCGGGAUGGUUUGAAGGAGCUUCUUAUCCAGCUGGGGCGGGAGCGUGCCAGUUUUAAGAACAAAGUAAACAUGGCGGUUCAUUCCUUCGGUCAUGUGAUCCCUGAUUUCAAUCUGGUUAGGGAUUUCCCGCCUGCUCUUCUGGAAGCGACGGCUCGUAACUCCCUCCAGCCCUUGGAGGGACCCUGGAAAAUAACGCUGCACCCACAAAUAGUGGAUGGAUUUCUUAAAUACUGCCCGGAGCGUCUCCAGCGCUGGAAUGUGUGGCGAGCCAAUGUUUUGAAGGCCUCCUCUCAGCAGGACAAAGCGUUGGAGAAUAGCACUCACCUCGAAAAGAUCCGGGGCCUGCGAAAACGCCAGGCAAACCUCCUGGGAUAUUCCAACUUUGCAGAGAUGUCCAUGCAGACUAAAAUGGUCGGCAGCGUGGAUAACUUAAAGCAGAUAUUCACAAAGUUGCUGAAGUUCGCAGGUCCUGCCCAGAGUGUUGAGCUGGAGGAGCUGCAGAACUUUGCCUUGGACAGUGGAUGCGAUUAUAAGUUAGAUGUCUAUGAUGUCGCCUACUGGAGGCGCAAGCAGCUAGCGGCAGAGCACGGACUUUUGGAGGACAAGCUCCGUGAGUUCUUCCCUUUGCCCCGCGUUCUCUCAGGCUUGUUCAAGCUCAGCGAAGAGCUCUUUGGUAUCCGAAUAGUGGAGCAUCCCAAAGCAGAAGUUUGGCAUCCGGCAGUUAAGUUUUAUGACGUCUUUGACUCGGAUUCAGCAAACAGCUCGACGCCAGUAGGUGGCUUCUAUGUUGACUGCUACUCUAAGGAGCACAAAUUCGGCAAGAACAACGGUUGGAUGGUGGGCAUAAGAAAUAGGAACAAAUCUGCUGAUCUGCAGCCGCUCUGCGCUCUGAUCUUCAACUUUUCGGAACCAGUGGAGGGCAGGCCCCCGUUGCUUGGCUAUGACGACCUACAGAUGCUGUUCAAGACCUUCGGCAGCGGGCUGCAGCACUUACUGACACAAGCCGGGUACAGUGACUUGGCGGGACUGUCCAACAUAGAAUGGGAUGCCUCCCAGGUGUCCGGCCAUGUGAUGAGCAAUUUCCUGGACGACCCCACGGUUUUAAGAGGCAUUUCUGGUCACUAUAGCACUGAGGAGCCCCUGGAGGCGGGACUCUCGCAAAAGAUACCCCUACUAAAGACCCAACUAGCUGGAUACAAUCUCUGCCAGGAUCUGUACUUGGCCGACCUUGAUUUGGAGCUCCAUCGCUCCAGCGCCUUCUGGCUGGAAGUUGUGCGAAAGUUGUGGCCCGUUUACCAAUGCAUGCCGCUGGACAAAAAGGACGCCCACCCGUGCUCCUUGACUGACAUAUUUGCCGGCGACUGGGCUGCUGCUCAGUUCAGCCACCUGUACUCCCGCCUAAUUGCUGCCGACAUCUCCAGUAGCUUUGCGGAAGAGCGUAGCGGGAAGAACUGCGCAGGUGUAGGACGUCGCUACAAGCAAACCUUCCUCAGUUCGGGAGGAUCCUUGCCCACAGCAGAGGUCUUCCGCCGAUUCCAGGGUCGCGAUCCUUCAGCGGAGGCUCUUCUGAAGUCUCUCAACCUAUUUGUGCCCUCCCAGACCACAGACAGCAAUUGAGGGUCACAGCCAUGACCCAUUACCAACGUUAUCACAUGCGUUUAGUUAGCUGAUAAGUCUGAUCGAUAGGAACCAAGUGUGGGUUGGUUAAAUUUGAUAAAGAAUCGUACGGAGAAAGUAAUUAUUAUUCGCUU